GUGAAGGCGCUUCAUGGAGAGAGAGACAAAACGGCCGAGAAAAUAAAUCGCAAAAAAAAAGGGAAAAAGAAAAAAAAAAAACGCCUCGAGACUCGUCGAGCCGCCGCCGCCGCCGCCGCCACCCUCUCCAUCUCCGGCGACGGGGAAGGCGGCGCUGGGACGGCGAGAGCCUAGGGGGGGAACCCGCGGCCGCGACUCCCGUGCCCAAUUCCCUUCGUCGCCCCCCCCCCCCGCGCGCGCCGAGAUGCGGAGGAGGGCGAUGAUGAGCGUGGACGAUCUGAUCGAGGAGGCCAAGGUGCGCACCGUCUGGUGGGCGCUCUGCGUCUUCGCCAUCUCCUACUUCCUCACGCAUACAAGUAAAUCAAUGUGGACAAAUGUGCCCAUGUCAAUCCUUAUACUUGCGUUUCUCCGAUACCUUUCCUUCAAAGUGGAGUUCCAUUGGAGAGGUCAGCCCGUUCAGAAGCAGACAUAUUUGUCUCAAGUGUCAAAACGGCAAUUGUCUGCUAAUGAUCAUCGGCUUUCAACUGUGGCACCAGUUUCAAGAUGGAGAAGGAAAGUUGGUUCGCCUUCUGUUGAGGCUGCUUUUGAAAGUUUCAUUGAGAAUAUUUUGAGAGACUUUGUUGUGGACUUGUGGUAUUCGUCUAUUACUCCUGAUAGGGAGGCCCCAGAGUUGAUCCGUGGUUUGAUACUUCAUGCUCUUGGUGAAAUAUCAGGUAGGGUGAAGGAGAUGAAUCUAGUUGACUUGCUAACAAGGGAUAUGGCUGAUUUGAUAGGACACCAUUUAGAUGUUUUCCGGAAAAAUCAAUCUCAAAUUGGUGUUAAUGUUAUGGGAACAUUGUCAUCUGAGGAAAGAGAUGAGAGACUGAAGCAGCACCUAAUAGUUUCACAGGAACUCCAUCCUGCAUUGUUAUCUUCAGAGCAUGAAUACAAGGUUCUUCAAGAAAUCGUUGGGGGUGUAUUGGCUCUAGUAUUAAGGCCACAAGAUGCUCAGAGUCCAUUAGUCCGCUGUUUCUCCAGGGAACUGCUGACCUGCUUAGUCUUGCAACCAGUGAUUAACUUUGCAAGUCCUAUCUACAUGAACGAGCUAAUUGUUUAUCUUCUAAACAACAAAGAUACAAACAGUGGAGGAGGCAAUUUAGACAAGUCUAAUUCUGCAGGUACAGUUACAAAUUCCCAUUCAUCUAAUAAAGGAGGCUCACUGGGUUGUCAAGUAGGAUCAACGAAUUUGUCUCAAGAAUCGAGUGUCUUAAUACCUGCAAAUAGUUCGAUUAGGUCACUUGGUACUCAUGAUGGUGACAAGUCAAAAAUGUCAAAGAUUGACCAUGAGAGUGCCACCCAGUCUCGACAGCCAGAUUGGGCUGUGGGACUGGAUGCAGCUACUAAAAGGCGAUCUGAGGUUCUUGCUCCUGAGAAUCUUGAGAAUAUGUGGGCAAUUGGAAGAAAUUACCAAAAGAAAAUGGUGAAAAUUGAACAUUCAUCAAGGGGAAAAAGUUCAGGCGCAGAUAACACUCCAAGUGCAGGAGCAGCAGGAAAAGAGUUAUCUCCUAAUUUCAAUGAGAGAAUUACAUCUGUUGAUGACAAAUACAUGGUCAAUUUGAUGCAAGGUUCAAACAGAAAUGCACAAUCUACCUAUGUCACAGGUAGUCACCCACUUGUUUUGCAAGAUACGGAUGAAGCAAAACCAAAAGGAGGGAGUCAAAGCAGCAAGGAAAAACCCUGUGAAACAAUUAACAACACAAAAGCUCAGCUCAAGAGGUGUAAUAGUACUCCUGAUAUUGAAAAAAGAUAUCUAUCCAAAAGUAAUCAAGCCAUGAUUUCCAGUGAAAUCUUAAAUGCAAGAAAAAAUCAGGAUGAUAAAAGUUCCUAUCCUGCCUCACAUGGUGAGGUACUAUUGUAUGCUCCAAAGAUAAGAUGCCGGGUUGUUGGUGCAUAUUUUGAGAAACUUAGUUCGAAAUCCUUUGCAGUCUAUUCUAUUGCUGUAACUGAUGCAGAGAACAAAACCUGGUCUGUGAAAAGAAGGUAUAUGCCUUUACCAGCAUAUGAAUGGACUUUAACAGCUUUCAAAGAUUUAAGUACCUAUAAUUAUAAUAUAUUGCACCUACCUCCAACUUUUGGUUAUAGAUACCGGAACUUUGAACGUCUUCAUCGGCAACUGAAGGAGAUUCCUAAUUACUCUUUGCACUUGCCUCCAAAGAGUUUUCUUUCAUCUAGUAUUGAUGAUUACCUUGUGCACCGGCGAUGCAUUUUGUUGGACAAAUAUCUUCAAGAUCUCUUGUCUAUAGCUAAUAUUGCAGAGCAGCAUGAAGUUUGGGAUUUUCUGAGUGCAACUUCAAAGAAUUACUCUGCUGGAAAUUCUACUUCUGUUAUGAAAACCUUGGCUGUUAAUGUUGAUGAUGCGAUGGACGACAUUGUUCGACAGUUCAAAGGAGUUUCAGUUGGUCUGAAAAGGGCUGCUGGAACCUCACCUUCCAGUGCAACUUCGUCACAGUUGGCAGAGAAUAGGAUGUCUCUAUCUUGGAAUCAGGAAGAGACAGAUAACCACAAUCUGCAUCAUAGAAACCUGUCAGGUGCUCAUAGUCUUUCUGAUGGUGAUAGCAACUAUGAAGACCCCCCCUCAUCUGUAAACAGUGCUAGCCAGUCGGACAACGAGUUGAACAACAGUGGGUAUGGUUCAAAUGAUAUCAAGCUUAAUGAAGCAUAUUCUGGUUUUGAUGCACAAGAAAGCCAACAAACAGAGAAACCUACUAGGGCAUAUUCUGAUUCUUCAACCAUGUCAUCUCAAAAUACAUUUGAGGAUCCAACCGGAAUUCCUCCUGAGUGGACGCCAACAAAUGUCAGUGUGCAUUUGUUGAAUCUGGUUGACAAGGUGUUCCAACUAAAGCAGCGUGGUUGGAUAAGAAAACAAGUACUCUGGAUAUCAAAACAGAUUUUGCAGUUAGUCAUGGAAGAUGCAAUUGAUGAGUGGAUUUUAAGACAGAUCAAUUGGCUACGAAGAGAGGAAAUUAUUGUACAAGGAACACGUUGGAUUCAAGCUACUCUCUGGCCCAAUGGCAUUUUCUUCACUAGAUUGGAUGGAUAUCAAGGAAAUGCAGGUCCAAGCCAAUUUGACAAGAACCUAUCUACAAGUGCUAAUCAGGCUACUGGCAUUAGAAAGGACAGUUCAAGCUCAUUUGAACAUCAACUGGAGGUAUCUAGAAAUGCUAGUGAGGUGAAGAAACUUCUUCUAGGGGGAACUCCAUCAACAUUAGUCAGCAUAAUUGGGUACAAUCAAUAUCGGCGGAGUGCAAGGGACAUUUACUACUUCCUCCAAUCCAAUGUCUGCGUGAAGCAGCUUGCUUAUGCAAUGAUAGAGCAGGUGCUUGUGUCACUCUUCCCAGAGCUUCGUCAGCUAAUAGAAGACAUACAUGAGAAGGGUCGUAAGGAGCAAGCCUCUUUCACUUACCAACUUUGACUGAAAAGACGCCUUGAUCCUUGAAAAAACCUGGUACUCCUCAAACGGCCUUUCGUUUUAUUUUUACUCUGGCAUUUUGCCCACGGCGAAAGCAGCCUGGCUUGCAAAAAUUUUGCAGAUGGAUUUCGACAGCGUAAAGUUGGAUUCAGGAUGCUGUUGUUGAUCACCCCACAAAAAAUAUGUACAGAUGUAUAUCAGAAGUUGUGUAAAUUAGUCCCAUGAUUCACACUAAGAACUACUUCCUUACAGUGAUCUCUGAUAGCUUGAUGUAUCGUAUCAUUCUUUAAUUCUUUUUCUCUCCCAAUGUAUUCUAGUUAUCCCUAGCUCUCUUGGCUGAGAUUUGUAAAAUGUCGAAUGAUCCAAUUGUAUAGGCCUACCGUCUGUCACACUGUCCAUUGUUUAGCUGAGUAGUAAAUCAUACCAGAUAGCAAUCAAGAACCUUGACUGAUGA